AUGAGCAAAGCUCACCCUCCCGAGCUGAAAAAAUUUAUGGACAAGAAAUUAUCAUUGAAAUUAAAUGGUGGCAGACAUGUUCAAGGAAUAUUGUUCGAUCCAUUUAUGAAUCUUGUGAUAGAUGAAUGUGUGGAGAUGGCAACUAGUAGGCAACAGAACAAUAUUGGAAUGGUGGUAAUACGAGGAAAUAGUAUCAUCAUGUUAGAAGCCUUAGAACGAGUAUAAACAAUGGAUGUGUUCAUCAGAAGAAUCAACUGCUUCCACAUGU